GACUUUUGAAGGGCGGACCAAUGGGGUGAGGCAAAGGGGGCGGAGCUUCGUUGUGUGGUGGGAGGAGGAAGCCAAGAUGGCGGAGGAGCGGCGGUUCGCGGAGCUGCCCCGGGACGCCGUGAGGAAGAUGGCGGAGGGGGCGGGAACGGAGCUGAGCGAGGAGGGGGCGGCGCUGCUGGCGGAGGAUGUUUGUUACCGGCUGAGGGAGGCGGCGCAGGUGAAGUCAGUGAGCCACGACCUGGAGCAGCUGCGGCGCCUCCUGCAGGUCGCCCGCUGCCUGGUCCUGAACCCGUUCCUGUGCCUGGGCUCGUACGGGCGCAGCCUGGUGGGCUCGGUCCUGUAUUGUGCCCUGGAACCUUUGGCCGCCUCCAUCAACCCCAGGAACGACCACUGGACACUGCGGGAUUCGGCCGCCGUCCUGCUGGGCAGGAUCUGCCGGCUGCACGGUGACCAGCUGAGCGGGCUGCACCCCCAGGUGCUGUUGGCCCUACAGAAGGUGUUGGCCGACCCCGUCCGCCCGCUCUGCUCCCACUAUGGGGCCGUUGUGGGGCUGCACGCGCUGGGCUGGAAGGCCGUGGAGCGGGUGCUGUUCCCCCACCUGCCCUCCUAUGGGGCCAGCCUGCAGGCCGUGCUGGACGACAACUCGGUGUCCAACGCUCAGGUCAAGGCGGAUGGACACAAAGUCUAUGGGGCCAUCUUGGUUGCCGUCGAGCGCUUACUGAAGACCAAAGCCCACCACGCCGCCGACCCCCCCCCAUCCCCAUGGCACAGCCCCCACCACGGCGACCCCCCCCCGGAUCCCACCCCCCCUUUAGGCCGCCCUUUGGGUGGGGGGGUGGGCAACGAAAGCCCCCCAUCUCCCCCCUCCCCGCCCCCUAUAUCCCUCUAUGAGAUGUAUAGGGAUCUAUAUGAUUUCUUCGGCGAUAGCCUGGCUCUUCGUUUCGGUACCGGAUCUCAACCUACGACCCCCCCCCAUAUACAAAACCCACCUUAUAACCCUGAUAAAGAACCCUACGGAACCGAUACCGGUACCGGUACCAUCGGAGGAGGUGGAGGGGGGGGUUCGACCCGUAAAAUGCCUCAAUUAACAGCCAAUUCCAGCCCCCCCCAUGAAGACCCCCUUCUCCCCCGUCCAACCUCCCAUCGUCCAUCAUUUCCAUCUCGUGGGAUCCGGACCGGUUCCGGUACCGUCCAUUCCUCCAUCCAUCGGGUCGGUAUCAGAGAUAUCUUCCAAAAGUGUCGUUUUAAUCCACGCGGACCCCCCAGGUUCUCCUUUAUCAUCACGGGACGUCAAACAGGACGGCGCUGUCAAGGUAGACGCUUCCAAACCCUAUUUACUCAAUAUCAUUCCCAAGGGGGGGGUCACGUCCCGACCCGAUACGUUCAGAAGUUACCUGUCAUUGGUCGAGCCGGGAGGCCGACCCGAAGGCGGUUCCGACCCGAUUAUUCCCUUCUGUUUUUGUUGUAAAUAAAGAUAUUUGGGGUUUUAUUGGGGUU